GUGGAGGGUUGCCUAGAGAGGAAUGGGUUACUCAAGAGGGCUGUGCUCAUAUUACAGAGAGGGUGGGGGAACAACGAUGUAUUUAGUCGCUUACUAGGAGGACACGGUCAAAACUGAGGAUUGCCACACAAGACACGUUUGGAUUCAAUUUUUUUUCAGAUAGUGAUCUGAAUACCCACCAAGGUGAAGCGAUUAGUUAUUAGUACAUGUGAUACAGGGUGAUGAGUAAUAAUAGCUGGAAUCGGGUGUGCUAAGCAGAGCUUGAUGCACGCAUAAUUGCUUCGAAAUUCGUUGCUAAACUCAUGAUCUGCUAAAAAGCGAGACUGAACAAGCACCAGGCUCCAUAGCUGUAUGGUUCCAGCUAGUGCAGCCCGGAUUAUGCAUCUUGAUGAUUCUCAGAUAUCAAUACGGGGAAAAGCUACGUGCACCCGACACUAAACGUCUGAGAUUUGGUUUUGCAAUAAUAUAAUAACGAAAUAAAUAAUACAAUAAACAGGAAACCAUUGCUUAGCUCUGUCUUUAUCACUGGGACAAAGGAAAAACACCAGCUUUAACUGCCUGUCCGUGUCUGCACGUGUCGUUUUGGGUUUAUAGUAUUUUAUAGUAGUUGUAGCAACACUUCUCGUUGGCAGUCAUGUUUGCCGUCCGAAUAGUCACGGCUGAUUACUACAUGGCCAAUCCUUUGAAAGACCUGGACGUUUGCUAUUCUGAGUUCCGAGAAAAUCCUGUGAAGAGAGUGCCAGUCGUUCGCAUCUUCGGGGCAACACCCGCAGGCCAGAAGACGUGUCUCCAUUUACACAGCAUAUUUCCCUACAUCUAUGUUCCAUACGAUGGCUACGGGCAGCAGCCAGAGCGCCACCUACGGCAGGUGGCCGUUAGCAUCGACAGAGCACUUAAUGUUUCCAUGGGAAACCCUUCCUCCAGCAUUCAGCAUGUAUUCAAGGUGUCACUGGUGUCUGGAAUGCCUUUCUAUGGAUACCAUGCAAAGGAGAGGCAAUUCAUGAAGAUAUACCUUUACAAUCCCUCGAUGGUCAAGAGGGUUUGUGAGCUGCUGCAAGGAGGAGCUGUCAUGAAUAAGAUCUACCAGCCUCAUGAGGCGCAUAUCCCUUACCUCCUGCAGCUCUUCAUCGACUACAACCUGUACGGCAUGAACCUGGUCAGACUUGGAGCCGUCAGGUUCAGGAAGAGCAGGAGAAAAGAUGAUGCUGGAGGGACCCCCAAAGAUGGCUCCAUUAACAGCAGUUUCAAAUUAAACUGCAGCAUGUGGAGGAGUCCUUCAACUCCAGAAGUCCAGCUCUCAGAUUCUACCCUGGAGGGAGCCUUUGUACGAUGGGAGGAGGAAGCCAUACCGAGCUCCUUGGUCCUGGAGGGGGUUGAGAAGCAGAGCACUUGUGAGCUGGAAGCAGACGCCGUAGCAGCAGAUAUCCUCAAUUGCCUGGAAAUGGAAACAGAAACCAGAAAUCCUGGUUUGCAAGCCAUUUGGGAGGACGAGAAACAGCGACGGCGGGAUAACAAUGAGUCCUCUCAAGUGGAAGUGUCUGAUUCGCAAGAUCGAGAAUUUGUUGCCUCUACUGAAAGCGAGAGAAUAUAUUUGAAGAGACUGAAGGAGAUUUUAAGGCAGAAUGACCUCUCUGUCUCUCUGUCGGAUUCUAAGGAGGACGAUGAAGUAUCUGACAUGCUUCCUGUCGAGCUGUCGCUGCAUUCUGACUUGCUCACCCCUGAAGCCCUUCAGUGCACACCAGCCAACCUAGUGGAAGUGCACAAGGACAGCCAGCCAGGAACUAAGAAAAUGACAGCAGAUGAAGUUGCUAUUGUUGAUGAAGAGGCCAUUUUGAGCCUGCUGGAGAGCAGUCAUACCUUCCAGUCUUCAUCUCAAAGACUUAUUCAGUCUCCCAUUCUAGAGAGCAGUCAGGACCACUCCUUCGUGCACUUACUGGCUGGCCUGGAGGAGGACAGGUACCAGGCUGAAUGUCCCAGGCAUUCAUCCCAGCAGCGAUUCUCGGGGAGCUGCAGCCAGACACAGAACAGUGACGACGAGGAGGCGGUGCCAGAGCUGGAGAAAGAGGAGGCAGAACUCAGCCUGGUGAUGUCACAGAGAUGGGACAGUGACAUUCCAGACCAUUUCAAACAGAGGCUCCCUGGUACAAACGUGAAUGACAGCUCGAGCAGCGAGGAGCAGGACUUUUCAGAGGAGGAGAUGGACUGGAACAGGAAGAUCUCACUCUUCACCAACCUGUCUAUCCCUCAGCUGGACGGGGCUGCCGAUGAAAACAGCGAUGCAACGUUGAACGAAGGAGGCUCCAGGACACAUUCAUCGUUGUUUGCUACUGACAAGAUUCUUGGAAAAAGAAAUCCAUUUCCCAAUGAAAGUGUCCCCCUGGAACACCCAUCCUCUGCUAAAAAUGUGUUGGAGUGCAAACACCUGGAGCCCCGUCAAGCCCAUUCCCUCAACAAAGAGGACCCAACAGAGAAGCUCUUCCUGUUAAAAAGCUCUGUGGUCCCAGACAACCAGCCAGACCUCUCCUUGUAUGAGAUCAGGAAAGAAAGUACUUAUACAUUUAGAUACCCUGCCACUUGUAAAAUCACCCCCAAAACUGAAAUCUCCCACACAGAAGCUGAUAAAAUGGAAAUGCCUUCCUUCUAUUCCUAUGAGAAGGGCAUUAGCAACCCUGUACUAGAUAGCACAGCAUUUGAAAGCAGCAAGCCUCAAAGCAGAAAGAAAUGCAUCAGCAUUAAAAGCCCUGAGAAGGGGCAACUGUCCAUUCUCCAGAACCACAGGAGCUUUUCGCUCUGUUAUGCUGAGAUGAGGAACUCUCCUGCCAAAACUGAGCUAGCGAUUCAUCAGAAAGGAGGCAGUAGUUUUUCACCAAAAAAGAGCAGCCUGGUGACAAGCCCAGGGGGAGACAAUGGGUCAGUGGCACCACAAGGGGGGGAGGCUGGGAAAACCUACAAAGAGGGAGAUUUGGGUGAGCUGAAGAUCAGGUAUGAGGACUAUCAAGAGAACAAGACUGCAAAAGCAAUCAGUAAUCAGCAGGAUGCCCACUAUAAGUUCUUCCCCAGUGUGAUCCUCUCUAAUUGCCUCAAUCGACCAUCCGUCAAGUGUCUUGGCAACUCUGGAAAGCUGGACCAAGAUGAGAGACGGUCAAGGCUAAAACUAAGUAAAAAGAAGACCAAUGUAGCAUGCCAGCAGGUCAAGAUGAGUGCAAGUGAGAGCAUACAAACUGACUUUAAGGAGGCUCCAUGCACACUGUUGAAGUCUCGUAGCACCCAAAGUGCUGAAAAGGAGGACAAUUCAGUUCUGGGCUCUGUUGAUACAGGAACUUCUACCAUUACAACGACUACUGUUACUAAAGCUGCUUCAGUUGCUGAGACUGCCAGAGAUAACAAGCUUACUCUGCCGAGUCACACACAGGGUCCUGCGCAACUAGGCUCGACACAGCUUUCAGGUUGGCGUGGGAGCAAAUACACUUUAAGAGCAAAGCGCAAGGUGCGCUAUGAGAGAGAGGACAGUGAACCCAUUGCAGGCUCCCUGCAGUCCAAAUUUGCCCUGAUUCCAACAGAAACCUUAAAAGACAAUUGCAUUCAUGACCAAAAGUCUCGAAAGCGCAGGAAGAUGUCGAAUAAGGAGCCCCCAAUUAUCAUUAAGUACAUCAUCAUAAACAGGUUUAAAGGCCAGAAAAACAUGCUGGUUAAGAUGGCAAAAGUGAAUGCUGAGGAAGAGCAGGUUGUGUUGACAGCUGAAAAGCUGGACCACUAUGGAAAGCUAGCACCUGUGAAACAGUUUUGGCCCAAGGUCCCGGAGUCGACCGCCAUUAAAAACCCAAUUUGUUCACCAAAGGCAAAAAGGGCACAGAAGCAAAAGGCAAAGGUUCAUUCAACAGCAAAGAAAAAAACAGGUGGUUCACCAAAGGUCCGUGGCACAACAUUAAAGAGAAAAAAGACCAAGCCUGUAAAAAAGCAAUCGACAUUGGCUACACUUUCUCCACCAUCACUGUGCUAUAAUUCAGAAGUCAAUGACUUUACCACAGAGUACAUUGAUGUUUUGUCCAAAUUAGGUUAUGUCUCUGAGAAAAAACCCAGAACUACCAAGACCUCUCCUCCUCGGUGUUGGUCACCAAGCGAACCACAAGCUGAGCUGCCACUAACCAUUGAACAGAAGGAUGCUUUCCCUGUUAAUUACCCACCUAGUCAGGAAGUGGGCAAGUUAACAAAGGAAAGAGGGGUUCGCAGCAGGACUUGUCUGAGGAAAUCUAGGGUGGUGACGGCCACAAGCCCCAAAAGGAAAAAAGGCAAGGUGGCUACCAAAAGUGCAGGAGAUGGGACUGCGUUAAAGGAAAAUCAGAAGCAGAAACCAAGCAGUCGAGGACGGAGAAGAAAAAAGAAAAGCAACGAUGUGUUUCCUGAAAGCAGCCAAAGCUUAGCCAGUGGUAAAAGAACCCGGAAGUCUUGCAGAAAAACACUUUCUGAACAACAUAAUGAGCUACCUGUCAGCGGCGAGUGUGACAGCUCUCCGGUUCUCUUUCCUGAGCAAGAAACCUCUCUCUCAACUGGGCAAACCCCUUCCUCUCAAUUGCCCAUGUCUAGCAUUGCUCAUGGAUAUGUGUCUGGUGUAAUGGACGCUAAUAAUACUGUAAAUUUUUCCUUCAUUCCUGAGCGUGAACUGACCUUUGAGACUCCAACUGGAUUCCCUUUUGAAAGAUCCACUUCUCAAUGUAAUCAAGAUCCCAGUGAUCAACUUGGCCAACAUAAAUCUCAACCUUCCCACAGUCAGUCUUUUCACUUAUACAGUAUUAAUAAAUCCACUGAAGAGUCUGCAUUCUCGCAUACCCCCUUGCAGUCGCCGCAGGCAGCUGAAUUGCACCCCCAAAGUAGCUGUCUGUCAUCAAGGGGACAAAAUACCAGCCCUCCGUGUUCUCCUGCCACAACAGAGUCAGACAGCCAUGGUUCAGAUGUCUCCUGUCAAAAUAGAUUACUUAGUCCACAGCAGCUGCAUAGUUCUAUAAAGUCUACGUAUUUCCAAGCAGAAAUUCCAUCUCCUUUACUUUUGAGGUCCCUUCAGUCACUUGAAGGCAAGACCCCAGGAAAAUCAUCCAGGCGUCCAUCUAAAAAGCUGCCAUCUGAACCCAAAGAAAAAGAUGAUGUUUUAGGACAUGCACGGUUCACACCUAUAAGAAUAAAACCUUUAACCAGCUCCACACUCAAGAGCAAGGUAGAAGCCAAAACAGAUUCUGCAUUACAUAGCUCUUACAAGAAUGGAGAGAGAUUGCCUAAUGUGACUGAACCACCAUCUGGAAUAGCUGUCUUGAAAGAACUUCUACAGAAAAGACAGAAAAAGGUACAGGAAGGAACAGCUCUACAGGAUCCUUCCGGUACACCUCUGUUAAACGUGAGUGGUUCGUGUUCCACUGAAAAGCCUGCCAAAAUCAAAAGAGCCCCCUUGUCGUACCCUAGAAAGUCCAAGAAUCCUAAAAACCAGACCCCGAAAGAGAAGCCAAGGAACCGGAAGAAAAAUUCUGCCAAGGAGGAGGAACCUGUUCAGACUGAUUGUCCCUUAUCAGACGACAGUCCUGCAUUUCCUUCAGACCCAGGCUUUGAGAGCUGUUACUCGUUUGAAGAUAGCUUAUCUCCUGAACUCCCGCACAACUACAACUUUGACAUCAACACCAUUGGACAGACAGAGUUUUGCAGCCUGUAUAUGGGAAGCCAGUUUGUGCUGGCUGAUAAGAACCUGCCCCAGAAGUUUCUCAGUGAUGUGAUCCAGGAGCCUGUUCCUGCCAUUGCUCUGGGUCUGGAGAGUAUGGGAGAGAGGUUCCCAAGUGCUAGUGAAGAGUUUCAGCAUCAUCAUGGUGUAGAGUGGUUGAGAACAAGUCCACUUAGCCCAGAUCUUUUUGACAGGUCAUCCGCAGAAAGCAGGGAACUACUUCAUACUCAUCUGUCUGCUUCUUUGCUUGAUUCUGACAGUGGACGAAAGCUAGCUGCUGCAAGAAUUGUGCAAAGCAGGCAAACCGUUGAUUCAGUAAGUAAAAAUCACCUUCAGCCCUGUAGCCAAGGCUUGUUCGAUGAUGGAAAGAACCCUUUGACCUCCUUUGACCCAUUUCUACCACUUCCAUUAAACAACAUGUCAUUUGUUGAUCUUCUGGGUUCCCCUGCUGGGGAUCUUGUGGAAGGAAGCGAGGCUUUAACAGCAACCCCCAGCAGUUCUCCAAGGUCGAUCAGCUCCUUGUCCCAGCUGAAAAGUGGUAGCCAUACACUGCGCAGCACAGGGGGUGCUCACAUACUGAAGCCGCUCAUGUCUCCCCCGACCCGUGAUGAAAUAAUGUCAACACUGCUGGAGCUGGAUCUUGCAGAGACUGCUUAUCAAGAGCCAUUCUGUAGCGACCCCUCCGAUGCUCCAGGAAAACCAAGGGAGAUUGGAGGGCGUGUGCUGACAGUGGAGACCAAGCUAGCAGACAGGCUGUCAGAGUUUGAAGGGGAUUGCUCCUCGGAAGGUUUGCAGUUCUGGAAGACCGCAUUCUCAGUGAUGACCCAGCCUGGCUUUCCCACCACCAACAGAGGUGGCCCUUUCGACUCUGUCAAGGGAGACAAGGAUAAGCAUCUGGCAUCCACCAAUGAUCAGAAGGUGGUUGUCAUGCCCUGCAAGAGUGCGCCCAGCCGCCAGCGGGUCCAGCUGUGGGUGCAGGCCAAGAAGUAUGAUCGUUGCCAGAGAGGGGGAAAGGAGAAGAAUGAGGGUGAGCUGCCAGUUCAGUUGGCAGGUGUUUCAAUGACCUCCAUAGAAGAGCCAGCCAAGGGAGUUGAGGUCCACAGUGACACAGCAGUGGAUCCCGAAAUAUCCUCACAGUUGGCAACAGUACAUCGUGGGAUGGGAAGAGGUGAUCUUUCGCUGCUUCUACAGGUGUCUCCUGUCCAGUCAUCUGACACUCAAAACAGCUCUGGAGACUACGGAUCCCAGCCCUUGGAAACAUGUAGAGAAACAGGGGAGGAAUAUGAGGACUACUGUGGAAACUACAGAUCUCCUGAUUCCCCUGUUCUGUCCCCCUGGGAUUUUGACAAGGGAGAGGAGAAAGGGAAAAGAUUUGAGUUGAGAUCCCCCAGACUUCUUGAAACCCAUACAGGCACCCUCCUUUCAAGCCAAGGUUCCCAGUUGACACAGAGAAGACAAGACAAGCAGCUGUUGAGUCCUAGCCCCAUCCAGCACAGCACGCCAGUACACCAGAGAAGGAAAAGCAAGGGGUCAUCUGAACCACUCUGUUCCACCCCAAUAACAACAGAGCCUAGAUCACAGAAGCUGAGCCAGCGAAGCGGCAGCAAAGCUAACACUCUAAACAGUGUACUCCUAACAACACAAGUUAAGAAUCAAUUUGCUGCGCUGAAUGUUCCAAAGAAAGACUCCUCGCAAAUUGAAGGACCGUCCCUCAACAGUUCUUAUGGUUUUAAAGUCAGUAUGCAGAACCUUCAGGAUGCAAAAGCACUGCAUGAGGUACAGCACCUGACUCUGUUGAGCAUGGAGCUACAUGCCAGCACUAGGAGGGACCUGGAGCCUGACCCUGACUUUGAUCCUGUAUGUGCCUUAUUCUACUGCAUCACAUCUGAUGCACUGCUGCCUGACACGGACAACACUGAGCUCUGUGGGGCUAUCGUGGUGGACAAAGACUACAGCUCUUUCGGGCAAGGUUCAAGAGCCACAGCGCCCCUACUGGUAAGAUCUGGCAUCAGCGGAUUGCAAGUUACCUACGCUUCUGAUGAGAAGCAGCUAUUUCAAGAAAUUGUCAGCAUUAUGAGAAGGUUUGACCCUGACAUCCUGCUGGGAUACGAGGUUCAGAUGCACUCCUGGGGUUACCUCCUGCAAAGGGCCUCCGCUGUCAGUGUGGAUCUCUGCCAGCAGCUUUCACGAGUCCCAGGCCAUUGGAAAGACGGUCGUUCUUCUGAGUGGGAUGAGUAUGAUGCCAACACCAAGACGGAGAUCAACAUCGUUGGACGAAUUGUGCUCAAUGUCUGGAGGAUGAUGAAGACUGAGGUGAUGCUGACGAGCUACAGCUUUGAAAACGUGGCCUUCCAUGCUCUGCACCAGCGUUUCCCCCUCUACACUCCCCGCGUUCUCUCUGACUGGUUCGAUAGCAAGACUGACCUGUACAGGUGGAAGAUGGUGGAUCACUACAUCAGCCGUGUGCGUGGAUCCUUGCAGCUGUUGGAGCAGCAUGACCUGAUUGGCAGGACCAGUGAACUGGCCAGGCUGUUUGGGAUCCAGUUCGAUCAUGUGCUCACGAGAGGUUCUCGGUACCGGGUUGAGUCGAUGAUGCUGCGGGUGGCUAAGCCCAUGAACUAUAUCUCCGUCACCACCAGCAGACAGCAGCGAGUUCAGAUGAGAUGCCCUCAGUGCAUCCCACUGGUCAUGGAGCCUGAGUCUUGUUUCUACAGCAACUCUGUUGUGGUGCUAGAUUUCCAGUCCCUGUACCCCUCCAUUGUCAUAGCCUACAACUACUGCUUCUCCACCUGCCUGGGCCACGUGGAACACCUCGGGAGUCACGACGAGUUCAAGUUUGGCUGCACCUCUUUGAGGGUACCUCCAGAUCUGCUGUACCUGCUCCGCAAUGACAUCACUGUCUCUCCCAAUGGGACUGCAUUUGUGAAGCCGUCUGUGAGGAAGGGUGUGCUGCCCAGCAUGCUAGAAGAGAUGAUCAAGACCAGGAUCAUGGUGAAGCAGUCCAUGAAGGCCUACAAGCACGACAAAGCCGUCACACGCAUGCUGGACGCUCGCCAGUUGGGUCUCAAGAUCAACGCCAAUGCCACGUUCGAUUACACUUCUGCUCGCGUCUCUGGGAGAAUGCCGUGUGUUGAGGUUGGUGAUAGCAUUGUUCACAAAGCCAGGGAGACACUAGAGCGUGCCAUCAAGCUGGUUAACGAUACUAAGAAGUGGGGAGCCCACGUGGUCUAUGGAGACACUGACAGCAUGUUUGUGCUGCUGAAGGGGGCCACCAAGGAACAGGCCUUCAAGAUUGGGCAGGAGAUUGCAGAGGCUGUGACUGCUACCAAUCCCAAACCAGUCAAGCUGAAGUUUGAGAAGGUGUAUUUGCCUUGUGUGUUGCAAACCAAGAAGAAGUAUAUGGGAUACAUGUAUGAAAGUCUGGACCAGAAGGAUCCUGUGUUUGACGCUAAAGGGAUUGAGACAGUUCGAAGAGAUGCCUGUCCUGCUGUUGCCAAGAUACUGGAGCGCUCCAUCAAGCUUCUGUUUGAGACCCGGGAUAUCAGCCAGAUUAAGCAGUAUGUUCAGAGACAGUGUCUGAAGGUCCUGGAGGGGAAGGUCAGCAUACAGGACCUGACCUUCGCUAAAGAGUAUCGAGGCAGCAAUUCAUACCAGCCUGGAGCCUGCGUCCCAGCUCUCGAGCUUACAAGGCGGAUGCUGUCCUAUGACCGCCGUUCGGAGCCCCGAGUCGGCGAGAGGGUCCCCUAUGUCAUAGUGUAUGGAAUGCCUGGAGUGCCGCUUAUUCAGCUAGUGCGGCGGCCCCUGGAGGUUCUGCAGGACCCCAGCCUGAGGCUCAACGCUGCUUACUACAUCACCAAGCAGAUCCUGCCGCCCCUGCAGAGAAUCUUCACCCUGAUCGGGGUCAACGUCUUCAGCUGGUACCAGCAGCUGCCCCGGACCCAGAAAGCAUCCUCAGUGGCAGGGAAUGGUGAAGCAGGUGGCAAGGGGACAAUCUCUCGCUACUUCACCACUCUGCACUGCCCGGUGUGUGACGAACUCACCCAGCUGGGAAUCUGCAGCCGGUGCCGCAGUCAGCCGCAGCACGUGGGGCUCAUUCUGCUGCAGGAGAUCCGUGACUGGGAGCACAGGCAGGCGCAGCUGCUCCAGAUCUGCAAGAACUGUACAGGCUGUGUUGAGCGCCAGGUGCAGUGUGUGUCCCUGGCAUGCCCAGUGUUAUACAAACUGUCCAGAGUCAGCCGGGAGCUCUCCAAGGCACCGUACCUCCGGCAGCUUCUGAACCAGUUCUAAUCACCAUCCUCACAACCAACAUGGUGCUAAAUCCGACUUGUAGGACUAGUCGCAUUUUUUGUGACCCUUGGAGUCGACUAUUUGGGCUCUGUGACUUUUUUCUAUUAUUAACGAUGAGUCCUUUUUCAAAAUUUUCUAUUUCACAAAUAUUACAGUUAAUAGGAAACCUGUGCACAAUAAAAACCCACCCAUCAAAACUUUGUCCAAUCAC